UCUCUUCCCAUCACAUCGCCCGACUUCAUCUCCUCUCGUCCACGCGCACACACUCGCAGUCGUUCUCCGACCCUCACACGUGCCAGCCGGCUCUCCCUCAGCUCGUCCUGCGGUCCGGCUGUGGUUCGUGGAGCUUGCCAUGGAGCACAGCCACAUCUUCACCGUACUGUCCACCAACUCCAGCUCUUGGAGUCCUCGCGGUUGCCCUCUCGGACAGUUCCCCAUCAUCUACUACAGUUCGUUGCUGUGCCUCGGCCUGCCCGCAAACAUCCUCACGGUAAUCAUCCUUUCUCAGCUGGUGCUGCGGCGGCAGAAAUCUUCCUACAACUACCUGUUGGCCCUGGCCGUAGCCGACAUCCUGGUCCUGCUGCUGAUCGUGUUCGUGGACUUCCUUUUGGAGGACUUCAUUCUGGGAGCGCCUCUGCCUCACUCGCUCAACAAAGCCGUGCAGGUUCUGGAGUUCUCCUCCAUCCACACCUCCAUCUGGAUCACGGUGCCCCUGACCGUGGACCGCUACAUCGCCGUGUGCCAUCCGCUGCGCUACCACACCGUAUCCUACCCGGCCCGAACCCGCAAAGUGAUCUUGACGGUGUACGCCGGCUGCCUGAUCUCCAGCAUCCCGUACUACUGGUGGCCGGAGCUGUGGCACGGACUCCCGGGAGCGAGUAACGGUGGCCGGAGCAGCAGUGCAGGGCAGCACGUGUUGGUUUGGGUUCACUGCGCCACAGUUUACCUGCUCCCCUGCUCCGUUUUCUUCUCGCUCAACGCCAUCAUCGUACGCAAGCUCCGCUGCCGGCGUAGCUGCUUCCGGCUUCGCGGAUAUUCAACCGGAAAGACCACGGCAAUCCUGCUGGCAAUCACCUCGGUGUUCGCCGUUCUGUGGGCGCCGCGCACGCUCAUGAUCCUCUACCAUCUUUACACGGCGCAGCCGGCGACGCCCGGCCCCGCCAGAUUGCUGCACUUGGUCACGGAUGUGGCAAACAUGCUCGCGCUGCUAAACACCGGGGUCAACUUCUUCCUGUAUUGUUUCAUCAGCAAGCGUUUCCGCAGGAUGGCCGGGACUGUGCUAAAGGCGUUAUUCCGAUGUAGAAAGCAGCCUCCGCCUUUUUACGCCAGUCACAACUUCUCCAUCACCAGCAGCCCAUGGAUCUCGCCGGCCAACUCACACUGCAUCAAGAUGCUGGUCUACCAGUACGACAAGAACGGCAAACCAGUCUGCAUAUCCUCUUGAUCGCCAACUCAAGCGAUGCCUUGCCAACGUAACCCUGGCUGAGCCAGGCGAGCUUGGGGAAAGUCCUUCCAAUUGGUGACGAGCAGAAGGCGUUGAUCGGUUUGUUAGGAAGUGCCUCAAUAAGAGAUCCAACGUCAGGUUCUGAGACAUCUCGCGGCCAAAAUGAGGUUCUUUCUCUGGCAACGAAACACGCAGGAGUGGUCGUUUUUAACCGAUAACAUGUAUUAAUGCAAAAAAAAGACACUUGCCCUUGCGUUCCAGGCGAUGAUGACUGUCCAUUUGCUCCAAUAUACAUAUCGAUGUGAUUAAAAGACCAGUUUGUCUCUAGGGCUAGGCGAUAUGGCUAAAAAUGCAUCAAUAUUUUUCCAUUUCCUCGCCAAAAAUUUUAAAACGUGAUUUUGUGCCCCCCGUAGCUAUAAAAAUAACUAUGGUUACAAAGUACAUAUAUUUGGUGCUCAACCAAUACAUGUGAUUCUGUUUUGACAUGUUGUAAAAAGAAAUGGCUUACUGUCUUUAUAAGCGAAACUUUUAACAUUUUCCAGAUAUAGCUACACAGUAUUCCCUAAUUUUAUACCGUCAGAAUAGAUAUUGCAAUAAAAUUGCCUGUAUUCAAUGUAUCGCCAAGACCUAGCUAGCAUGUUUUUCAGUUGAUUGCAAACCAAAGCAACAUUUUACAUGCAGAAAAAGGAUUUAACGCUGGAGCCAACAAGAUGUUACUGUAUGUGAACCACAUUUCCACUCUAACCUUCUCAGCAAAGAGACAGAGCACUCUCUCCCUUUGUGACAUUAAAAAACAACGCUGGCAUUUUGGUUUAAUAUGUUGUUGGUCUCCAAGGGUUGCUCGCGAACAACACAAGCUCAUAUUUAAGGCUUGUGUUGGAAACCCGCUUCAGUAUCACUGCCUGAUGGAGAUGAAACGCAAAGACUUAAAGCUUGUGGUGCAACUGACUGUUAAAUGUACAAUUAAGGCAAAAAAUACCUUUAGAGUGGAAUUAUUCUUCAUCGUUUCAAUCGAUAUACUAAGACACUCAUUGCUCAGUACGUGAAAUGAUUUUCUAUCACAGUGGCAAACACUAAAUAAUUAAGACUUUGAAACUUCUACCACACAGACUCAUUUAUCCUUUGCUGGGCAGCCUCAAGAAAAAAAAAAGAAAGAGGAAAAGAGAACGCUUUUCAAAUAAAAUCAAUUACUUUCUCCAGAGUGAGCUAUUGGGGGAAAACCACGUUCAUUUAUCUUCACGGCGGCGUGGAGUAACAGACUGCCAUCUGGAGUGCUUCAACUGCGGUGCAUAUAGCGGGGAACAUGUUCGUAGAUAAGGUAGACUUAAAAAUGUAUGAUCUCUGUCGUAGACAAGACUGUAUUCACCUGUCUUCUUACAGCAAUGAAGGUGGUUCUGCUGAAAGCUGUGAUGGUGGUAAAAAUGCUUUCUUACACAACUGAAAAUGGUCAAUUCCCAUUACAGUGUCCAUGUUAAAGAUUGAGGCUUUUAGUCUAAUAUGGCUUUUAGUCCAUGUCUGUUAGCUUUAUGGGCUAGUUUGAGGUACACUCUUGUACUCCUAAAAGUUGGCAACAGUUUUUCAAUUUCAGGAGAAUAGGCCGACAUAUAAAAGUCCCCCUGUAGUCAAUAAUCUUAUCCCUUAAAACACAUCUUUGAUCGCCAAAAUUACAUAAAAAUAUAUGAAUAUGCCUCCAAUCACUCACACCAUCUCAGAGAUUAACUCUGCCAAUUUACUGAGGUAAACGCUGCAGAGUGAAGUCGCUCUUUACAACGCCGGACACAUAACGGUAAUUAAUAUGAUUAAAAAUCAGCAUCCUUACAAACGGAUUGAA